GCCGGUCAGAGCGCAUCGCAGCCCGGCGGCAGCAGUACGGAGACGAGCGGACACAAUACCGGACAUACUACCGGAGUUACUGGUCCUACAGCGGGACAUUACCGGAGGUUCAACCCGCCUUUCUGCUCUCUUGCUCCCGCCGGUCCUCCGCUCUUUGAGGGGGGGGAUAACGGGAGUUCGUGAAAGUGGCGGAUCGUUGAAGUGACGACGUCAUAAAGCGUGACGGUAUGAAGAAGAACAGCAGCGGGAAACGGGGCCCACAGGACGUGGCACCACAGCAGGUCCAACCCGACAAGGUCGGAUGGAUCCGGAAGUUUUGCGGCAAAGGGAUCUUCAGAGAGAUCUGGAAGAACCGCUUCGUGGUCCUGAAGGGAGAUCAGCUGUUUGUGUGUGAGAAGGAGCCUGUGUCCCUGCAGGUGAAGGAGUUGGGUCGGUCCGAUGAGGUGUUGGACCUGAGUGACUACGAGCGCUGUGAGGAGAUCCGCAAGAAGAAGAGUCGCAGCAAAAAGAACCACAGCAAGUUCAGACUGCAGCGCCGCAGCUCACCUGGGAACACGGUUCCCAACCUGGUGUUCCUGGCCGUCAGUCCGGAGGAGAAGGAAUCCUGGAUCAGCGUCCUGAACGUUUCCAUCACACGAGCCAAGAACCAGAUCCUGGACGAGGUGACCGUAGAAGACUCUCAGCUGUCUCACCUCACUCGGGAUCGCGUGAAGAUUCCUCAGAACCGCCGGCUGCCCACCAGAGGUCACCUUCUGGCUGUGGCCUCAUCCUCCUCAGACGGGAUGCUGACCCUGGAUCUGAUUCAGGAGGACGAAGCUCCUCCCCACCUCGGACCGGACUGCCCCAGGUCCAAGACCGACGGCGCCCUCUCCGCCGAGGCCUCUGGGAAAUCCCAGAGCCUCCCCCGGGAGGUGGUGUGGGAGAAGACGGGCCGGACCCCACAGAUGGGGAGGAUCCUGACGCCGGCGGAGAAGAUCCGCUGCGCCUCCAUGGACGAGAUCCUGGCCCAUUCCGAGGCCACGGGCGCCACCGACGUCGCCUCCGCGGCGGCGUCUGUAGCCCGGCUGCAGGGGUUGAUCAGCCAAAAGCUGGAAGAGACGGAGCGGCUGCUGACGGAGGUGCAGGCGGAGGCCAAGGAGCGGGGGAGGGGGAGGGGGAGGGAGUCGACGGAGGCGGGGAGGCUCCUGAAGGAGGCGGAGGUGACGUGGGGUCAGGCCCGGGACGUGUUGGAGGAGGUGAAGGAGCUGAGGGCGUUGUGCCGACAACUGGACUCCUCCUCCCCUCCCUCCACGCUGCGCCAAUCUGAACCGGGCCGGUCCAGUCCGGUCCGGUCCGGUACGGUAAAGCCCGGUAGAUGAACUUCUGCUUGCUGGACCUCAGAUGAAGCUGUUUGUAGCAUAAAUGGUACUGGACUGAUGGGAGAGUUGGACAAACCCAAAAUGUGCCAAGGCAGAGGGUCCCAGGGACCUCAUGGAGAAUCUGGACUGGAUGAAGUUGCCGGUACGAACGCAGUGUAAAAAUAAUUUGAAGGAAUAUUGAUUUAGUUUAAAGACAUUCUGAGCUGAACUCUUCUUCCAUCUGGACUCAGGACCAGUCUGUGGUUCUGGUUUUGCUCAGGUCCACCUGAACCAUUCAGGACCAAGUCAUUUGGAUUCUCCGCAGCAAUGAAGAACUCUUCCUCUUCCUCUUCCUCCUGCCUCUCCUCAUGUUUACGCUCAUCAAACCACAACUGAUUGAUUUUUUUACCAUUUUACAGCCUUUUAAAAUCCAGAUUCUGUCGAAAGGAACCAAGCAACUCGCUGUAGUGACUAAAAACUGGAUGGAAGGCUGCUUUCCUGCUCAGAGGCACGUUGGCAGGUCAGGUGACCUAAAAUAAAAUCCCAAUAGAACCCAACGGGAGCUUUAUUCUUCAUGCUGCAUCCCUGCAAGGUGAAUAGAAGCGAAUGAACUGAUUUAAACGCGUUUACGGUCAGUUUGUCAGAUUCCACAAAGAUCUUUUUAUUUUUGCUUAAAUCCUUUACUUAUUUUUGUAUAAAACAUUCAGACUUUUGUACUUUUACAUCCUGCUCGUUUCUGUUACUGUGAAAAAAAAAAGUAACAAAUUAUUUUCAAACCUCGUCUUUCAUGUGAAAAAAAUGACUGACUUUUAGGCCAGAAGAGUUGUUGAAAUGAGAAGUUUAAAUCUUUAUACUUCAAAUAACUUAAAACAUGACUCAAGUUAAAUCUUAAAUGUUUAAAACCAUCCACUCGACGUGUUCAUUUAGUUCAGCAAUAAAACACACCUUUUAUUACUGUUAAAAACUGUAUUUGAAUUUGAAAUGAAUGCUGUUGUUCACUGUUCAGGUACGACUUCUAAAUCCAAUGGUUCUUUAUUUUGAUGCUAAAGAACACAGAAGUAAAAUGAUCGGAUUGUUGCACUUUAUUUGAACUUUUUAUAACAUUUGUAUCAACUGAUGAACAACAGAAAUGUGCUUCUGAAACGUGCUUCUGGGCUUCCGUACCUCGAUGAAUUUGCAUCGUCUUCCCUCGCUGUGGAUCCUGUGUGGCAGCCGCAGGGGAUUGUGGGGGAUGUAGUCCAACCCGGAUGUGAGGUUCAUACAAAGAUGAAUAAAAACCUUGAAA